GUUGAGACGUGAGUCACCAGCCGGAGGAGGCAGAGGAGAGGGAUGUGGCAGCCUGAGAAGCUGCGCUCCCACCCAUGCGCACUGGGACAGAGGUCCCUGAUGUGAUUUCUCGCUUCCUCCGCCACUUGGACCUGAAGAAUGGCAUUUCCGACCAAAUGCAACCCCUCCUUCAUGGGACGUAAAAUAUGAGCAGAUUCAGAAGCUCAACAUCAUCUGGCCCUCAGUGAAUGUCACCAUGGGUGAGCUGCUUACUUCAACAUCAUAAUCGGCGCCGUCCUCAUACCCCCUGAAUCCAGCGGCAUCAUGGGGGAGGUGGUCCAGAUGCACUUCACCACAGUGGACUACGUAAUCUUCGCCCUGCUGCUGGUGGCCUCUGCCGGCAUCGGCCUCUUCUAUGCCUUCUCCGGCGGGCGUCAGCGCACCACGCAGGAGUUCCUGAUGGCCGACCGCUCCAUGAGCUGCCUGCCUGUGUCCCUGUCCCUGCUGGCCACCUUUCAGUCAGCUGUGGCCAUCCUGGGGGCUCCGUCUGAGGUCUAUGCAUUUGGAACCCAGUACUGGUUCCUCGGCUGCUCCUAUUUUCUGGGCCUGCUAAUCCCAGCCCACGUAUUCAUCCCAAUCUUCUACAGGCUUAGGCUGUCCAGCGCCUACGAGUAUCUGGAACUGCGUUUUAACAAGACGGUUCGCAUAUGUGGGACUGCGACCUUCAUCUUUCAGAUGGUCAUUUAUAUGGGGGUUGUACUUUAUGCACCGGCUCUGGCACUUAAUGCAGUGACAGGUUUUGACCUGUGGGGGGCAGUGUUGGCUAUGGGAUUAGUGUGUACCGUAUAUACAGCUCUGGGGGGGCUGAAGGCAGUGAUCUGGACGGAUGUGUUCCAGACGGUGGUGAUGUUUGCAGGGCAGCUGACCGUCAUCGUGGUAGGAGCCGGUCAGGCUGGCGGUAUGGCAGAGGUGUGGAGGAAAGCAGUCAAUGGCAGCCGCAUUUCUGGACUCGACCUGAACCCAGACCCUCUGGAGCGCCACACCUUCUGGACAUUAGGUGUUGGAGGAGUCUUCCUUAUGUUGGCUCUGUAUGGCGUCAACCAGGCACAGGUCCAGAGGUACCUCAGCUCCCGCACGGAGAAGGAAGCUGUCAUGUCCUGCUAUGUAGUUUUUCCGUGCCAGCAGGUAGUCCUCUGUUUGGGCUGUCUGAUGGGUCUGGUCAUGUUCGCUCGCUAUGGGGAGGACAGCCCUCUGGACAAGGGCUACGUCAAAACAAAUGACCAGAUGGUGCUGUACUUUGUAAUGGAUGUGUUCAAGGAACUGCCCGGCCUCCCUGGACUGUUUGUGGCCUGCCUCUUCAGUGGAGCACUCAGCACCAUUUCCUCAGCUUUCAACUCCUUAGCAACAGUAACUAUGGAGGACCUGAUAAAACCCCAUUUUCCCAAUAUGACUGAAGCAAAGGCCACUCUUCUGUCCAAAGGACUUGCUUUGGCCUAUGGACUGGUGUGUCUGGCUAUGGCCUACGUUGCCUCCAUUAUGGGAUCUGUGCUGCAGGCAGCCUUCAGUAUCUUUGGGAUGGUGGGUGGUCCCCUGCUGGGACUCUUCUGCCUGGGCAUUUUCUUUCCUUGGGCGAACUCAAUUGGUGCAGUCGUCGGGUUAGCAGCAGGCCUAGCUAUGGCCUUCUGGGUGGGGAUCGGAAGCUUUUUGAUGCGAAUGCCUCGUUCCACAACAGAACCCCACCUCAACACCACCACUCUGCCACUGUUCGACAACAUGACCACUGCUGUUCUGACCUCCCUGGCUAGCAGCCCCACAGCCAAACCAAGACCAACAGGAGUGGAAGCCCUCUACUCGUUGUCCUACAUGUGGUACAGCGCUCAUAACUCGACCACGGUGGUGGUGGUGGGGCUGCUCGUCAGUCUGCUCACAGGACCUAUGAAGGAGAAGGAGCUGACCCCAGGAACGGUUUUCCCGGUCCUCGGCACACUCUUGUUCUUCCUGCCCGAGCGCUACAAGGAGAAGCUUUGCUGCAUCACUCCUCUGACCCCCAAGCCCAAAGAAAUCAAUACACUACCCUAUCAAAUGGCCAAAAAGGAUAGCAACGGGGCAGCUUACAGCAAAGAGGACACAUCCACAGAGGACAGAGAGAUGGAGAGAGACAAAGCACAGACGGAGGACGAGGACUUGGACACACAGAGGGCUCUGCCUUCCUGCCAGCUGACGGCUCACACAGUUCAGGAGACGGCCUUAUGAUCCUUUACGACGCACAAGAUGCACGCACACUUUGACCUGAGCUGCUGUUGGAUCUCAUCGCCCUGGUAGAAAACUGUUUUCAGAAUCAAUCACAAAGCAAAGAUUAUAGAUCGUCUGCUGGAGUAGGUUUACAAGCUGCAAUGAAUAAAGGAGCAGACUGAUGGGUCUGGUCCGAAAGCACAGAACGUCUGCUGCUGCUUCAUUCAGACUGAGCCGCUGCAGCCUGAGGAGUAGCAGUGACCACACAGCAGGUAGGGAUCAAUAUCAGCCACAGCGACGUGAGUCUAUUCACAUGUGUGCGGCUCCAAUGCACAUUGACUCAUGCUCUAGUGUCCUGAUCCACCCAGUCCUUAGCAGAAAGAAAAGAAUCAGGUAGGGAAUCGUUGCACACUUAAAUUAAUUUAUUUUUAUAGCUGAAGUGGAGCCACACAAUUCCACAGUAUAUGAAUAAUUAAACUAAAUUGAAGACUGACGUAUAAUAAGAGUGUAAAUAAUGUUGCAUUUUGGUUUCAUGCCCAUCAGAUCUUUUAGCUGUGUGUAAAAACGGGUCCAUAGAUCUGAAGCGGUGGUGAUGAGAGCAGAGGGACAUCUCAUAGUGGCAGAUCAACAAUAAUAUAUUGAUCUUGACCCUGGUGAACAGAAACCAAUGAAUGCAGUAUGCACCUGUUCAAAAUUAGGUUUAUUUUUCAGAUUAAUCUCUAUAUCUCAUUUUAAACCAUUAUGACAAUAGCCAAUGAAAAACAAUGACUGAGAUUCUAGAAAUUAACUCCACAGAGAGUUACUAAAAGAAA